GCGCCAUCUCCCGCACGACGAGCGCACGGCGGCGCGCGAGACGCACGCACCGCGGCUCGCGGGCGCUGCACAGCCUCUCCGAUCCGGGACGAAUCACUACCGCGCGCCGGGGCAGCCGUGGCUAGCCCUUCGCUGCAGCCCCAGGCAGCACAGCCCAGCCACCCUGCACGCCGCCAGCGCGAGGCAGCCCAAACGCAACGAUGGGCGCCCCCCGCUUAGUAUUCGAUGAGCAAGGCCGAGGCAUGGCCUACUACGCGAGUGGAAGAGUCGCGGCCUGCUGCACGGCGAAGACGUCGUACAGCAGCUGCUUCUAUUUUUAUAGAGACGACAAAAAAAAUACGCCCCUGUGCACGAUCGACGACAAAAUGUGCGGCUUCGCCGAUGCGAAGGACGGCAGUCGUUUUGUCCUGUCGAAGAAGGGCGGGAUCUGGUCCGACGGCGACGGUACCAUCCGAAGGGAGUGGACCUGGGGCGAAGGCUCGAAACCGCCCUUGGUCACUCUGAAGCUCAGCAAUGAACUGACGCUCGAGUUUGCUGAUAGAGAAACGUGUGAAGUGCGCUUAAGGUUUGCCAAUUGCAGUCGCGACUUUGACGUGUCUCUCAAGGUGAAACGGAAGGGUUCGUACCUCGACACGGCUACUCGCGGAUUGAAGGGAGCCCUAGAUCCGCAGAUAGAUCGCGUUUCUCUCUCCCAGAGGGUCGCGGAGGUCGGGCUGAAGUCUCAAGCGUUGAAGAACACGCUGCACCCCAAGAGUGGUGUCCUGACGAACGCCGGCACGCGAUCCAUCGUCGCGGCUUUAGAAGCGGGAUUCGACACGUACGAUGAAACACAUAACCCGGGCGCCGUCUUCCGAGGCAGGCAGGCCUUCCAGAAUUCGGUAGCGAUGACGCGCAGUGAGGUGCCUCGCAUCGCUCUUACGGGAGACGAGACCGGUCCGGUCGUCGGUCUGGGCGACACUAUAUACUCGUCCUCGAAGUGUGAACCUUCUAGCACAUUAUCGUUGGUCGGUCUGGAACUAGCACAUGAGCUAGAAAGGAUGAAUCCAAAACUGAAGCGGUCGCAGAUGAUCCGGGGCGCGUCCGGGCGCUACGACGAGGUCAUCCCCGUGUAUGGGGGCGUGCCUACCGCGAGAAACCCGUCCGGGAAGUUCGAGAGCGGUCGGAUGGCUCUACCUCGCAUUGAGCCUGCAGAUCUGGAGUCUUACGUCGGCUCGAAGGGUGACCAGCUCGUCUGUGUUCUGUGCACGCGUUUUGAUGAUCCGGUAUGUUGCAAGGCCGAAGCUGUGGCCGAGGCGUGUCGGGGCGAGGUGGUCCGAGGCGAAGUGAGGGAUGCGUCGAAAUACGACUUGGUGAAGGUCGAGAUGGCCGCGUCCCGCCGCAUCGCCGACAGGUACGGCGUCUAUGCGCUACCGGCGUUUCUGAUGUUCUACAAAGGGUCAUUGGUGUAUGCGGGCCAGCUCGGAGGCGAAAAGAUUCGCGUCGCGUCGGAGUUCAAGCCCUACAAGAUGUUGUACGUGGAGCCGACGUUUUCGGACAUGAUCUGGGGCGAGAAGUUAUUAAGGAAGCUGCGCUUCUCCUGGGAUCUGUGUAGUUCUGCGUCUGAAGCCCAGAAUUUGAAGACCGUAGCUGAGAGAGCGUCCAUCGAGAAGGGCGAGCGAAAAGCUGCGUAUGACGUCGUUCUGGUCGCCGAUUCACUUGCUGUAAGUGAUGCGGGGCCUUUACAACGGCUGUUCAAGCAGGGCGACGGCGACGCUUUGGUCGUUGGUCUGGCUGCUCUCAAAGGUCCCGAGGGUGCUUUAGCUUUAUCAAAAGCGCGGUUCAACUCCAAGAAGCAGGGGCUCACGAAAGACGUCGAGGCCGUCCUACCGUCGCACGUCGCGUCUAUCUGUGAUAUGGCGAUGACGAAGCCUCUGAAGGGUGGGGCGCUCGAGGACUUGCUCGAAGUCCUAGGUGAUCGGAGGCAAAAACUAGCGGAUAGUGAUGGAGCGCCGUCGCAGGAUUUAGACUACCGAGGCCUCACCACGAAGUCGCUGAUGCGGAAAUGCUACUCAGCCUUGCAGGCCGGCCAGUCGGGCCGGACCAUAGCAGACCCGUCCAAACAAAAAAAGCGGAAGAAGAUACCUCUCGCGCCGUCGUACCCCGUGACGAAGAAGUGGACCUUCCCCGCGCCGCCGCUGGACCAGAAGAUCGAGCCGCUGAUCGAUCUGACGUUUCCGGUCGCGGGGCACACGACACUCUAAGGGUAC